GGCCGGUGCGGCGCUGCGCGGGCCCGCUCCCGGCGUGGCGGGGAGCGGUAUCCCCGGCCCGGUUGGAACCGGCUUCUCCCCGCGGUGUCCCCGGGUCUGGGCGAUCCCGUAUGGCGAAGCAAAGCCCCGCGCAGCCCGAGGCGCCGGGGCCGAGCGCCGCGGCCCGCAGCAAGGGCAGGAGGAGGAGGAGGAAGAGGAAGGUCGGGAACGGGGAAGCGGCGGCGGGGGCCGCGCCGAAAGGCCCCGCCGUGGCGGCGGCGGCGGCAGCAGGUCCCCCCCGCAGCCCCGGGCAGUUCUCGUCCAACUGGAAGGCGCUGCAGGAGCUACUGAAACAAAAGGCAAAUAGCUCCAAGGAGGCCCUCUCUACAUGUGAAACAUACCCCAAAAAGAAGCAGCCGCUCAAAAUGGGAAAUAGCCAAGAAGUUCCAGCUAUCAUUGGGAAUGGGAAUGCAGUAAAGGCCAAACCCACAAAUAAAAUGGACAGUGGUUCUGCUAAAGACGGUCCUUCUUUGGCUAAGCCAAAAUCCAAGAAGGUUGCGAUGGGUAAGAAUCUAAAUGGCACCAAAAGCGAUGGAAAAGGCUGCAAAGAAAAAAAGAAAGCGGGCAAUAUUUUAAAGGAGAAAGGCGAUAUAAAACAUAAGAGGAGGAAAGCUGAAGAACAGGCGGAGCAGGAACCCAAAGAGGCUGAAAUCUGGUUUGAUGAUGUUGAUCCAAAAGAUAUUGAAGCAGCAAUAGGACCUGAAGCAGCAAAAAUUGCUAGAAGAAAUCUGGGACUUGAAGCAGGCCAAUCCAAACAGUCUGUGGAACAGGUGCUGGUUAAAGAAAAUGCUUUUGAAGGGCUGACUCGAGCUGUAGCCAUGGACUGUGAGAUGGUGGGAGUGGGACCCAAGGGUGAAGACAGUAUCGUGGCUCGCGUGUCCAUCGUGAACCAGUUUGGAAAGUGCAUUUAUGACAAGUAUGUCAAGCCUACAGAAGUAGUGACUGAUUACAGAACAGCUGUUAGUGGCAUACGCCCUGAGAAUAUAAAUACAGGUGAAGACUUUAAAACAGUUCAGAAGGAGGUUGCUGACAUCUUGAAUGGAAGGAUUUUGGUUGGACAUGCUUUACGUAAUGAUCUAAAGGUCCUAUUUCUUGAUCAUCCUCAGAAGAAGAUACGUGACACACAAAAAUACAAGCCUUUCAGGCAGCGAGUCAAGAACACACGGCCCUCAUUGAAACUGCUUUGUGAGAAACUGCUGAACGUUCAAGUACAGACAUCAGAGCACUGCUCGAUUCAGGAUGCACAAGCAGCAAUGAGACUGUACACCUUAGAGAAAAAGAAAUGGGAAGCUGCUAUUAAGAACAAAUCUAACAACAAAAAUUGUAAAACUUGAAUAGUUUUUAUCUGUAGCAUUUGCUAGUUUCAUGUCACAUUCCAGGGCAAAUUCAGAGAUAACUCAGAACUGACAGCAGCUACUUCUUAAAAAUCAAAAGGCAAUACUUCCUAACCUGGGACGUGAAUGCCGCCAUAGAACAAUAGCGCUAAUAUCCCCUUUCUGGAUGGUACCUAUGCCUAAUGCCUACUACUGUGUUUAAACAGUACUUGUUACAAAUGUCUGCAUUUGUGAAGUACUUCAUCAGCUCGAUUUCUACAAAGGAAAUAUACACUAAGUUAAAAAAAAAAAAAGUGUUGUUAAAUUAUGAUAUAUGAAGGAAGAAAGUCAUUAGUUUGCUGAGACUCCCAAGACUAAAAUCUUUAUUUCAUAUAUUUUGAAGUCUACAAAGAAGGCAAAUUCUUAUUCACUGCUGUUAGUUUCACAGUUGUGGUACCUAAAUCCACAGAAUAUAACUAUAUAUUAUUAAUGGCCCAGUAUUAAUCUUUCUGGAGAGAAAAAAAUCUUUAAAGUAUUUCUGGAGGAUCCAAGCUUUGACAUCUGAACCAGAAGUGUACAAGUCUUGUUCUUAUACAAGAAGGUUUUGGUUUACUUCUGCAGUUUCAAAAGUGUUGCAUCCACAAGGGUCAUUAUCUCCUGGAGAGAAAUGUGAGAAUUGUCAAAUAGAAGAUUACCUUAUUGCUUCACUUAUUUUUAUACUCCUUUAUUAAUAAAAACACUGUGUCUAA